GUACACAGUACACAGUACACAGUAGGAAGGACACUGAAGACCAGAGAACAACACAAAGGACAUAAAAAGUGAGGAUCUCGACACUUCCAUGGACCACCAGCAGGAUGUGGUCCAACUCCUCCUCUGAGGAACCGUGUUCUCCAGACGACCAGCUGUGCAUAACCAGGGAACACCUGCAGGACGUGAUCAUUGUCCCCACUCUGCUGCUCUUGGGGACGCUGCUCACUUUACUCUACCUGUGUCUCCGUCAUUACUGUCCUCAACAAAGACCUUCACGUGUGGCUGUGGGUCCAUCACACAGACAGCACCACAGACAGCACCACAGACAGCACCUGCAGGGCAUUGAUGCGCCCCCUGGGUUGAACCCCCUUGAACAUGAGGAGGUGCCAAUGUCAGUUACACCCGUGCAGCAGAAUGUGAAGCCCACACUGACCGCACCACCUCAGGUGUCCACAGAGAGGCGCCAUGAGACGUUCAGUCAGGUGACGGCCCUGCCCCUGUCCUUCUCCCUCAGGACCAAUGAGACGGUCAGUGUGUACAGAGGACGUAUGGAGGACAGGGACGUGGUCCUCAGAGUGCUCAAAGACAGCGGUGACAGCAGUGAGAAGCACGACUUCCUGGGCUUCGCCUCCUUCGUCUCAGGCCUGGGGUCGCACCCGUUCCUGCCCAGGAUGCUGGGCGUGGUCUGGGCCCGGCCCCCUCUGAUGAUGGUGAUGGAGGAGCUCCACCAGAGGGAGCUGCUGGGCUUCCUGUGGAGGUGCAGGCAGGACAACUCGGUCCAGACGUGUGACCUGACGGAGAAGAGGAUCUUCAUCAUGGCAGGACAGGUGGCUUCUGCUCUGGACUAUCUGCACAGUAAAGGCUACGUUCACGGAAACAUCGGGGCCCGCAGCGUCCUGGUGGGGGGAGACCUGACAGCCAAGCUGUGGGGGCUGGGCUCCCUGUACCGCAGGACCACACGGGACGGUCCACCGGGGGACACGGACGCCAUGGAGCUGAGGAAGUGGCAGGCUCCUGAAGUUCUGGCCCGGAGAGCCCUGAGUCAGAGCAGCGACGUAUGGUCCUUUGGUAUUCUUCUCUACGAGAUGGUUACACUUGGGGAGCCACCGUUCGCUCAGCUGAUGUCCACGGAGCUGCUGCAGUAUCUACAGAGAGGGAAACAUCUGAAAAGACCAGCCACCUGCUCCAGCACACUGUUCGCCAUCAUCCGCUCCUGCUCCGACUGGACUCCUCACCAUCGACCCUCUGUCGCCGAACUUAUCCGAAAGCUAGAAGCGGGAGAGAAAGCAGCCAAUGGGAGAACAGUUCUCAGAGUCCCGGAACCGCUAGACAUCGCGAGAUAUCUGAGGGAGGCGGGAUUUGGAGAGGCAUACAACUACGCAGUUCUUUAAUCAGCGCCAAAUAAAACAAAAGACUUUUAAUGUUUCUGACGUGGAUUCGGGGUUUUUUUUACACUUAAAUUAAAAACGAUUGGUUUAAUGUAAAUACGUCAAACUUUUAUACAUGGAUUUCGAAUCAAUUAUGAAAAAAAUGUUCUGCACUUUGAACUAGAGUAAUUCUACAACCAUCAGACCCGUCAGUCCAAUAAAACAAGAGGUCGGAUCAGAGUCCGAGUUCAACAUGGAUUCACAGAGACCAGGUGACAGGAAAGACCACCAAAUGGUCCAUGUGGUGGACCUUCAUCCAGGAGUUGUUCUAGAUGGAAAAGGUCACACAUAUCAUUUUUUUAUUUUUGGACCUUUGAAAAACAUAACUAACAAAAAAUAAAAUAAAAACCAAUCAAAGAUGGUCGUCAACAGAACCAUCAAAAGACCUCUGGUCAGAGACCAGGUGGACAGACUGGACUGAAAGAGACGGAGUCGAACUGCAAGAAGAGAGAGACAGGGGGAGAGACAGAGGGAGAGACGGGGGGAGAGACAGAGGGAGAGACGGAGGGAGAGACAGAGGGAGAGACGGAGGGAGAGACAGAGGGAGAGACCGAGGGAGAGAC